AUGCCGGGCAGCCAUACGCUCAGCUCAAUAGGGCUCGAGAACGUCACGCUCGUCAAAACCGUGCUGGCCAGCUGUAUCGCUUUUCCCCUACUCUUCAUUAUCGGCUUCUACUUAUGGGUCACUCCGAGCACCCUCAAAGAUUCGCGACGGAAACACCUUCCGCCUGGGCCUCGUGGUCUGCCCUUCUUGGGGAACUUCUUCGAGAUGUCAAGGGCUGAGACGUUUCGAUUCCAAGCCCAAAAGUGGGCCAAGGAGUAUGGUGAGAUCUUUUACACCAAGAUGGGAGGAGCUGAUUACAUCUACCUGUCAUCGCCAACGGCUGUAAAAGAGUUGAUGGACAAGAAGUCGGGCAUAUAUUCCUCACGACCACCAGCGCCGCUUGCUAGCGACGUCGCUUCCGCUGGUCGACGACAAUUGUUUAUGCCAUAUGGACCCAAAUACCGUGUUGUACGAAAGAUUGCCCAUCAGCUUCUCAACAUCACCGUUUCCACCAGCUAUCAACCCAUUCAAGACCUCGAAUCCAAGCAAUUGAUGUAUGAUCUGCUCCACGACCCGGAACACUUCUACGAUCACAAUCGGCGGUACUCAUCGAGCGUGAUCUUGACGGUGGCAUAUGGGCAUCGGAUGGCAGAUUGGGACAAUCCAUUGGUGAAAAAGAUUUACAGCGUGGUCAACAACCUGCAGCAAUUUUCUGCGCCGGGCGCUUUCCUCGUCGACACCUGGCCCUCACUGCGAUAUUUCCCUCAAUGGAUGUUCGGCAACUGGAGGAAAUUUGGCGAGAAAUGUUUUGCUCAUGAUUCGGUGGUCUACCUCAAGCUUUGGGGAGAUUUAAAGAAGGAAGUUGACGAAGGCAAAGCUAACCCAUGCUUUGCAAAGGACUUCUACCUAAGCAAUCCGGAGAAACUUGGGUUGGAUCAACUCCAAGCUGCGUACCAAACCGGUGGCCUGGUUGAGGCCGGUUCUGAAACAACAUCAGCGUUCCUGAACUCUUGGAUAUUGGCCAUGACUCUGAACCCUCAUAUUAUGAGAAAGGCUCAGGCAGAGGUGGAUCGAGUAGUCGGAGAAGACAGACUGCCUACAUGGGAAGAUGAGGCAAAUCUGCCCUAUCUCAGAGCAAUGAUCAAGGAGCUGCUUCGCACUCGUCCGCCCAACAAAUUUGGCAUGCAGCACUACACGACUGAGGAUGACUGGUACAAGGGUUAUUUCAUCCCCAAGGAGACCGUGGUCGUCUUGAACUGGUGGGCAAUAAACUAUGACCCAUCCCAUUGGGACAGACCCGACGAGUUCAUGCCGGAGCGCUUCCUAGGCUACGAUCUCCCGGCCGCUUCCUAUAUCAACAUCGCAGAUCCCAACCAGCGCGACCACUUCUCGUACGGUGCAGGAAGGCGAGUGUGUCCAGGUGUGCACGUAGCAGAAAAGUCGCUAUUUUUGAAUAUUGCUCGCGUGUUAUGGGCGUUCAACAUCUCAAAGAAGACAGGAAAGGAUGGGAGUGUGAUUGAGCCAAAUACUGCAAUGGUUCCCGGCUGGAUGACAAUCCCGCAGCCAUUCGAAUGCGACAUUACCGUGAGGUCAGAGAAGAAAGCGGCAUUGAUCAACGAAGUUUGGGCGGCGACUAAGAAGACUCUUGACGGGAAAUAG